AUGGACCAUCCACCCCCGGUGAAGCUCUGCCAACCUUGCAAGACACUACUUGUUCCCGAGGUCGACGCCCAUGGAAACCAGCCUUCCCCUUCCAAGAGGAGGUCAUACCGAGACCAACAGACCCUCAAACGCUCGGUUGAUUACGGAUGCUUUAUUUGCAGUCGACUCUGGGAGCGUUUAGACCCUUCCGAUGAAGAGACAGCCCACAACUACAAAGAUCCCUCAAUGCCCCGGGACAAGCCCGAAGAUGAAUGGUCUAGGAGUGCCAUGUUGUUUCGUCUUUCCGAGCGAAGGCAUAGCUAUUCAGCCUUGGAUAUUCUCAUUAAUCCUUCAGUGUUUCGCGGACUCCACCGAUCAAUUGCGAGUGAGGUAAAAAGGCUCCCGGAAAGCACAAAGUCCCCAGACGCCUUAUCGAUGGCCAAAGGGUGGAUCUCUCACUGCGCCAAGAAGCACAGAGAAUGCGACGACAUCAACAUGGAAACGGGUUGGUAUCCAACCCGGCUCUUGGACUGUGGGUCUCAAACAGAUGCAGAUCCACGGUGCACUCUGGUAGAAACCAGAACCAACCUCAUCACUGGGCCGUACCUGACUUUGAGUCACUGCUGGGGCCUUGCCGACUGCAUCAAGUUAACGACCGACAACUACGCCCAAAUGGUCAGGGGAAUCCCCUUGUCCCAGCUACCCCAGUUAUACCAAGACGCUCUAUAUGUGACCCGCAGCCUAGGUGUUCAGUACCUCUGGAUCGAUUCCCUUUGCAUCAUACAAAAGGGCGACAAUCUUGUCGAUUGGAACCACGAGGUGACUCUCAUGAGUCAAGUCUACUCUGGAUCGUUAUGCAACAUUUCUGCAAGUGAUGCCCCAGAUGCCACCCACUCCUUGUUUUGCACUCGCACCGCAAAUUCACAUUUUCCCGAAACGAUAGACUGCUGUUUUAAUGAGACCACAUCCCGGUACUUGAUCUUGGAGAAUUGGUUCUGGAACACAGAAAUUACACAAUCGUUGGUGAAUAGACGAGCUUGGGUUCUUCAAGAGCGGCUUUUGGCCCCUCGCGUGCUGCAUUUCGGCAAGCGCCAUUUGAUAUGGGAAUGCAGGGAAAAAGUCGUACCAGACGCCUCCUCUGGGAGCUUGCCUAACUUUUUUGCAUCCCUCGGCGUGGGCCUCAAGUCUGAGUUUCCAAGGUCACGUCGUUCGGGCAUAAGCUACUCAAGAGCAUGGUGUACGAUUGUUCGAUUAUACGCAAACUGCAACCUCACCUUUCCCGGCGAUAGACUGGUUGCCCUCUCUGCUUUGGCAAGGACCAUGGGAAGCCUUAUGCAAGACGAGUAUGUUGCCGGCAUGUGGCGCAAGAGCUUGGAGGUCGAGAUGCUCUGGCGUAUUCACGACAUGGGUAGUACUUCAAGACCAACGACUUAUAGAGCUCCUACAUGGUCAUGGGUGGCAUCAACAGGGCAGCUAGCCCCAGCUACCAAUCUACGGGCUCCUCAGGUACACAUCAAGGUAGAAAAGGUACACCUAGAUUAUGCUACAGAGGAUACAUGGGGUACGCUCCGGGGCGGGUGGCUUCAUCUACGUGGUCAUCUACAGAGGCUAUCACUGGAUAACUCGGAGGGCUGGAAAAUGACGGGGAAUGGCGUCCAGGCCCAACUUUCGACGGGAUACAGUAUGGAGAUAAAGGUCUGGCUCGAUGCUCCAAAUGACGAGAUGGACAAGAAUCCCGAGCCAAACUGGUACUGCAUGGUUGCGCAGAUGGUGCGUGACCCGCGUGACCCGCGUGAUGAUGCAGCCCUUGUCUUGUUGUUGGAGUUGGUCGAUGGCGGGACUGGAACAUUCAAGCGCAUUGGGCUUGCCGAGGCAGAUGUUAAAGACGCAGAAGCAACGUUUCUAAGUCCCAGUGAGGGAGAGGAUCAGUUUCCUUGUUUAGAGUUGAGUGUGACACUGCCUCAAACCCCAACAUUCAUUGAGUGUCUCCGUGUCCAGAUCUUGUCAACAGGCUAUCUUGUUCAUCUCCACUAG